AUUGCCUUAGAAUAGAGCGGCAGAGAGAGUGAGCGGUAUGGGAAACAGGGAUUUAUGAGGCAAAAAAGGAGUGCAGUGGAUAAACAUUCAGAUGUUACUUCGAACAAGGACGUGUUUCAUUGAGGUUGCUGCUGCAAAACUGUUUUCUUUCCAUAUAUAUACACACACACACACACACAAAGAGCGCAGUCAGAGAACGAACGCCGCAGGUUAAGAGUCUAUAUGAAAAACGAGCCUUGAUUUAAAAAAAAAUGAAUGGGACAACUAUUUUUUUCUGACAAAUGGAUGAACAGGAAAUAUUGAACAAUGUGGAUUACCAGCGAGUUUACCAAAUCUCGGAAUAAAACGGGCUGACGCUGAGCCUUUGAGAAAAAAAAAAAACCAUUGAUCGGUUUUUAAUAAAAUCUAAAGUUGAAUCGUCAUAAUUUGAUUGUGGUUAGUCGAUUUAUUUGCAUGCCCUCAAGCACGAAGUACCACCCCAGCCACAGCUGAUGAUGCGAUGCCCCGCAACCACAGCGGAGAUGAGGGCAGCUCUGGGCUCUGGAUGAAAAACUCACCUGGGCACCGCGCUGAAGUGUAUUGCAUGAAGGAUGUGGAGUCUGGCCGAAGGAUGAAGAACUCGGCGCAAGCGGUGGACGGCUUGCUGCUGGCGGGUACCAGCUCGCCGCCAUCGAUCACAGGUGUAGGAGGUGGAGGAGGUCCAGAAAGUCAGAGAGGGAAGCAAGGAGCCCGCUUGAGCCUGCUUGGAAAACCGAUCUCGUACAGCAAUAGCCAGAGCGGCAGGAGGAACGUCCGCUACCGGAAACUCCAAAACUGUCUGUAUAACGUGCUGGAGAGACCCCGGGGAUGGGCUUUCAUCUAUCACGCAUUUGUUUUUAUUCUGGUCUUUGGCUGCUUGGUUCUGUCUGUCUUUUCCACCAUCCCAGAACACACAGAGCUUGCCUCCCAUUGUCUUCUCAUCCUGGAAUUCGUCAUGAUCGUGGUGUUCGGCUUGGAGUAUAUCAUCAGGAUCUGGUCCGCAGGCUGCUGUUGCCGGUACAGGGGAUGGCAGGGCCGACUUCGCUUUGCUAGAAAACCAUUUUGUGUCAUAGAUAUCAUCGUUCUCAUCGCCUCAGUGGCUGUGGUCUCUGCUGGCAGUCAGGGCAACAUUUUCGCGACAUCAGCACUGAGGAGCCUUCGCUUCCUGCAGAUCCUUCGCAUGGUGCGCAUGGACAGGAGAGGGGGGACCUGGAAACUCCUGGGCUCAGUUGUUUACGCACACAGCAAGGAGCUAGUCACAGCUUGGUAUAUUGGAUUUCUGGUUCUCAUAUUUUCGUCAUUUCUCGUCUACCUUGUGGAAAAAGACGUCAACUCCCAGUUUUCUACCUACGCAGACGCUCUGUGGUGGGGCACAAUUACACUGACCACGAUAGGCUACGGUGACAAGACUCCCCACACGUGGAUGGGAAGAUUGCUGUCUGCGGGGUUUGCUCUCCUUGGGAUCUCCUUCUUUGCACUGCCUGCUGGUAUCCUGGGCUCAGGGUUUGCUUUAAAAGUUCAGGAGCAACAUCGACAGAAACAUUUUGAAAAAAGAAGAAACCCGGCAGCCAGCUUAAUUCAGUGUGUAUGGCGUAGUUAUGCGGCUGAUGAGAACUCGGUUUCCAUUGCUACCUGGAAGCCUCAUUUGAAGGCCUUGCAUACCUGCAGCCCUACAAAGAAAGACCAAGGGGAGACUUCCAGCAGCCAGAAGUUAAGCUUUAAGGAGCGGGUGCGAAUGGCCAGUCCAAGAGGCCAGAGUAUUAAGAACAGGCAGACGUCAAUCGGGGAUCGCCGGUCGCCCAGCGCUGACAUCACAGUGGAAGGCAGCCCAGCCAAGGUGCAGAAGAGCUGGAGUUUUAAUGACAGAACCCGGUUCAGACCCUCCUUGAGGCUCAAGAGCCAGUCCAGAACCACACCAGAUGCCGAAACCAAUCUGGGGACGGAUGAUGGAUUUGAUGAGAAAGGGUGUCACUGUGAAGUAUCAGUGGAGGAUCUCACCCCAGCGCUUAAAACUGUCAUUAGAGCCAUCAGAAUAAUGAAAUUUCAUGUUGCAAAGAGAAAAUUUAAAGAAACAUUACGGCCUUACGAUGUGAAGGAUGUGAUUGAGCAGUAUUCAGCAGGUCAUCUGGACAUGCUCUGCAGAAUCAAGAAUCUUCAAAUGCGGUUGGAUACCAUUGUAGGUCCACAGCCACAACUGACGACCAAAGUCAAGACCUUUUCCUCCCCCUCUCUGCACUUAUAUUAUAGUCAACAUGGCAGAAAGCAGUCCUCAUCCGGAGUUGACCAAAUUCUUGGCAAAGGACAAAUACCAGGAGAUAAGAAAGCCAGAGAAAAGAUUCUGCCAGAGAGUGAGACGACUGAAGACCUAAGCAUGCUGGGACGAGUAUGUAAAGUGGAAAAACAGGUACAGUCUAUAGAAUCCAAGCUGGACUCCCUCUUGGAAAUCUACAGACAGGUUUUACGAAAAGGAUCGGCCUCAGCGCUGACCCUCGCCUCGCUGCAGAUGCCCUUGUUCGAGUUUGAGCCGACCUCUGACUACCAGAGCCCCUUGGACAGCAAAGAUGUCUCCAGCUCAGCGCAGUACAGCAGCAGCGAGUCCAGAUCUGCCAGUGCCAACAUUCCCCAAGGAUUGCAACUGAUAUUGACGCCAAACGAGCUGAACAAUUCAGCCUACUAUUCUUACUCUCCAACUAUGCAUGGCUUAGCCAUGCAGGUGCCAAUGAGCCAGAGUGAGGGGGCUAUACCUGUUGUGACACCCAAUAACUUGUCAAGCCAAAUGACUCAACCUUCCAAGCCAGCAGCCCCGACGACCUUGCAGAUCCCCUCUCUGCCAUCCCUUAAGCAUAUCAACAGGCCCAUAAACAUUAUUCCAGUCAUCACACAGGAGGGUGGUUCUGAUGUCACUGUCUGCCUUGUUGCUUCAACAGAUGAUGGGCAGACUGCACAGACCAAUGCAAAAGAGAAGGGCUUGUGGAGAAGGCACGUGGGCCUGGAGGGGGAAGCCUCGGUUUCAGGGCCCUCAACGACGGACAGAGUCUUGGAGAAGUCGCUGUCUGUUCAAGACCUGAUGCAGUCCACAGAGGAGCUCCACACAAACCACUCAAGCAGUGACUCAAAUGGCUCACAAGGGAGCCAGGAGAUCUAUCCCGAUUGGAAGGACACAGAGCUGUUCAUAACAGACAAGGAGUUGGACACAGAGACCAUGACAGAGGGCUUUGAUUUCCUCACACAAUCCACAGUGGACACAACACUCCCCGCUGACUUUCUGAUGCCUGGAAUAGGACGAUCAUCUCAAAGUAGUGGCGGAACCGGGGAUAACUCCGACUCCCUCAGCCUGCCUCAUGUCCGACUAAAAUAGCACCACACAGGAGAGUUUUGUUUGUAAACUUAGUACUUCCUUUAAUCAUACAUAUCAUUGCAUGGACUAUUCUUAACAAAAACAAUAAAUAAAAAAAUGUAAUCUGAAGAAACUUGCAAGAAUCUGAAAGAAUCCGAAAGGCAGUUAUAUGAGCCCAUAAUCUCCUAGCUGCAUGACAUGUGCAUGUUUAAAUUAACAGUACAUUUAAUUAUUGUAAUAUCCAUACGUCAAGCCCUUUCAUUUAGUAAGAGUACAAACAGAUUUAGUGGUAAUCUUUCCAGCUAAUGCAACUGGGAUCUGCCAAAUCUUAAUGAUUGGACUUACUAAAACGUACUGCUACUUAGCUGCAGCAGUCAUGAAAAAAAAAAUAGCUUAGCAUUUUACUUUCUGGUGGGAAGAAUCCUACCGUUAGUGGGUAAUACAGAAUUUUAUGUUUACAAUGAACUAUCUUAAGUACAGCUGCUAGCAAAGGUACUGAGGAAAACAGAAUAGUAUGGCUGCUACUUACAAAACACGCAUUUGGUCAUUACUCUUUGGUUGAAUGUUCAUUUCUAUAUAUCUUUGGUCGGUCAGUGAGUGAUAUGUACAGCAGCACUAUCAGGAUGUUCUCAAGAACAUACUUUUCAUACAAAAUGUAGAAAAACUUUUUUCUGAGGAUUUAUUAUUAUUACCACGGUAGAAAGGAAGUUACUGCAGUCUUAAGUGUGGCUUUAAAUGCCUCAGACUGUAAGAUAAAGGACUCUGCUAAAGUUACCCUCAACUUCUUUCUUUCUUUCUUUCUUUCUUUCUUUCUUUUUUUUCAAACAUAUUCUUGGAUGUUACUCAUCAGCUUUGCAACAUGAAAGUUAAUGACAAACUGUAGAAUGUAUAUAUCAUCAUGUUAAUAUGUGUAUGAGAUGUCUGAAUACUGGGUAGCAGUGUACUAUAGUUUAUGUUUAAACAAAUGCCAACAGGUGGAUCCAGAAGGCUAUCUUGAAGCACAAUUUGCUCUGAAGUGAUCUGCCAAGUAAUGCAAAGUGCAUACCAAUUUUAUAAUGUUCUGCUACAAGCUAUGUAUGAACGCCAUGAUAAACCUAAAUAAACAGACACACAAUGUCAGACUGCUUAAAGCGGGACAGCAAAGAACAAUAAAGUUUUUUCAGCACCUCAGAAACAUUAACUUAUUUGGCAUAUGUUGUACAUUUCAAAUGAUAAAGGAUGCCGAUUUUUAAUGAAUGUCCACAUUUAGCUAAACUCAGUCUCCAAAAACUGAAUUAUUGUAUAACAUACACACCAUACAGAUGUAAUAGUUUAUUUCCCUUCUUUGAUCAAAUAUGCUUUAACGGUGCCUUUCUUGCAUACUGUUUGAAUUUUGUAUUCAAACUGUUACAGGUCUCCAGUGAUGGAGACUUCUAUUCAGAAGACGAUAGCAAUCAAACUGUUAUGUGUUAGAAAAUACUGUUUCCUGCUGCAGACCUGAACACCAUGGCAGUUAAUUACAAGUGAAUAUGUUUUUUUGUUUUUUUUUAAACUAAUUAUUUCACUGGUAAUUUAUUACACAGAACUGGCCUUAACUUACAUGCUUGAGAAUUUUAAGGUUCUGUUUUGUUUUUAUCUAAUUUAUUUCAAGAAAAUAUGUGCACAUAACAGAGAUAUUCCAUUAACUCUGAAAGAAAAACAAAUGCAAAAUGACCUUUUGUCUCAUACUUCAAUAAACCAAGAACAUGUAAAAUGAU